CAUAGUACUCUGUACACCCUAACUUGAUCAUUACAAAAAACAAAACAAACCAUAUAUAUUGCAAAACAUUAUAUACUCUCUUAUCAAACAUGGAAACCCUACCUUUUCUCCUUACCUUCACGGCUGUUAUCUCCGCCUAUCUCUUCUGGUUCUACCUCCUUGCCCGGAAGCUCACCGGUCCGAAAGUAUGGCCCAUCGUCGGAAGCCUUCCUUUUCUUUACAUGAAUCGGAACCGAAUCCACGACUGGAUAUCGUACAACCUCCGGUCCACCGGCGGGUCUGGCACGUACCAAACCUGCACCAUAGCACUCCCUUUCUUAGCUCGAAAGCAAGGUUUCUACACGGUAACAUGUCACCCCAAAAACAUCGAGCACAUCCUCCGAACCAGGUUCGACAACUACCCAAAAGGCCCUGACUGGCAAGCCGCCUUUCACGAUCUUUUAGGUCAAGGAAUAUUCAACAGCGACGGAGAAACUUGGCUCAUACAACGCAAAACGGCAGCGUUAGAGUUCACAACUCGGACUCUUAGACAAGCCAUGGCUCGUUGGGUGAACCGAACCAUCAAAACCCGGUUAUGGCUCAUCUUAGAAAGAGCUUCAAAGGAAAAUGUCUCCGUUGACUUACAAGACUUACUGCUUCGGUUGACGUUCGACAACAUUUGUGGUCUUACGUUCGGUAGGGACCCACAAACUCUUUCCCCAGAAUUACCGGAGAACCAAUUCGCCGUGGCUUUCGACUCGGCUACGGAAACCACUCUUCAAAGGCUUCUCUACCCCGGCUUUCUAUGGCGGCUUCAGAAGAUUUUGGGAAUCGGGACUGAGAAACGGUUGAAGGAGAGCCUUGAUAUCGUUGAGAAUUACAUGAACGACGCCGUUUCGGCAAGGAAGGAAUCCCCCUCUGACGAUUUACUAUCCAGGUUCAUGAAGAAGCGUGACGUUAACGGUAAUCUCUUCCCAUCCGCCGUUCUUCAACGGAUCGCUUUGAACUUCGUCCUAGCUGGACGUGACACGUCAUCCGUGGCUCUCACCUGGUUCUUCUUUCUCGUCAUGAACCAUCCCGAAGUCGAGGAAAAGAUCGUCAAAGAAAUCUCAACAGUCCUGAAAGAGACACGUGGCGAGGUCAUCUAUAAAUGGCUGGAAGAGCCGCUAGAGUUCGACGAAGCCGAUAAGCUGGUUUAUCUAAAAGCGGCUUUAGCCGAGACACUUCGUCUGUACCCUUCGGUUCCCCAAGAUUUUAAGUACGUGGUGUACGACGACGUUUUACCAGAUGGGACGUUCGUACCGUCUGGUUCGACAGUCACGUACUCGAUUUAUUCAGUUGGGAGAAUGAAAACGGUUUGGGGCGAAGACUGCAUGGAGUUUAAACCGGAGAGGUGGCUCUCGGAGAAAGGAGACCGGUUCGAACCACCAAAGGACAAUUACAAGUUCGUUGCGUUCAAUGCUGGACCGAGAACCUGCUUAGGCAAGGACUUGGCUUACCUACAAAUGAAGUCAGUGGCCUCGGCCGUACUGUUGCGUUACCGGCUAUCACUGGCUCCCGGUCACCGGGUGGAGCAGAAGAUGUCACUCACGCUCUUCAUGAAGAAUGGUCUCAGAGUUUAUUUGCAUCCACGACAGCUCGGAGGAAGGGAUGACCAGGUGGCGGCGUAAGGAGGAGGGAAGGGUGUUUUCGUAGUUCGAAGGAAUUAUUCAGUGCAACAAGAGAUCGACGGGGUAAUAUGGUCAUUAUGAUGUUUGUUUUAAAAGGUUAUAAAAGUCAUUUAAUUUGUAUUUACUUUACUUUCAUACAUACGUUUUUUUUUUCUUCGUUCGUUGAGUGGGUUGAAUUUUGAGUACAGUUUGCUCAUCUAAAUUUAAACCAUUUUAUAUGUAUUUUGUAAUGUUAUAAAAAGUCCAUAUCAGUUGUUAUAUGGAUUGUGUUUAUUUAAUAAAGAACUUUAAAUUAUGCUA